UGCUGCGUCCCGUCUGUCAAUUGAAAUUAUCUGUUUACUUUUUGUUUUGUUCUGCAUGUUUAGUUCAGAUGUUAAUGAAACGUAAAGUUUACUGUGAAAAGAGUUUUUUAUACACAUCAAACUUAAGUUUUUCGGUCGGCCGUUUCGUAUUUCGUGGAGUUUAAACUGAAAUGUGCAGUGUUUUUAUGCGAUUUCUGGAAAUAUUACUCAGUGGGGUUUGAUCUGGGGCGUACGUAAAUUUUUAUAUUCGUCAACCAAAGUAUUGGCCCAAAACCGCGAAAACUAGGUAUAUCAUUCGUGAAUUGAAUUAAGGAUUGGAACCACAGAGCGGAAUGUAAACAAAGCAGGUCUUGAAUUACUGCAAUACAACGCAUAUAAUCCAAAUCAUGUAGUUUUGGAUAGGUCCUUCGUUAAAACAGAACACUGUAUAAUCCGGCGCCCGUAAGAAUACGCCACCAGCUUAAUAUGGCCGGAUUUCUGUUCAACAUCGACAGCGGAUACUUGGAAGGUCUAUGCCGUGGUUUCAAAUCAAGCAUCUUGAAGCAGUCUGAUUAUUUGAAUUUAGUGCAGUGUGAAACACUCGAUGAUUUGAAACUGCAACUGCAAAGUACAGAUUAUGGUCCAUUCCUUGCUAACGAAACUUCCCCACUUACCGUGUCAACAAUAGAUGAAAGACUGCGUGAAACACUUUUGAUUGAAUUCAGCCACCUACGCAACCAAGCCGUUCAGCCUUUGGCAGGAUUCCUGGACUUUAUCACGUACAGCUAUAUGAUCGAUAACACAGUCUUGCUCAUUACGGGAACGUUGCAUGAGCGUCCAGUUCCGGAUCUGCUGGCAAAGUGUAAUCCGCUUGGUCGGUUUGAACAGAUGGAGGCCAUCAACAUGGCUUUGGCUCCAGCCGAUCUGUAUAAUGCGAUCCUGAUCGAUACUCCGCUAGCCCCGUUCUUCGAGAACUGCAUGUCCGGCCAGGAUAUGGAUGAAUUAAAUAUUGAAAUUAUGCGCAACGCGCUCCACAAAGAAUACCUAGAGGCAUUCUACGAUUUCUGCAAGCAGGUAGGCGGAACAACGGCCGAUGUGAUGUGUGAACUAUUAGCGUUUGAGGCGGAUCGUCGUGCGAUCAACAUAACGAUCAAUGCUCUCGGUACUUCCCUAUCCAAGGAGGAUUAUGUUCGUCUAUAUCCAAGCUGCGGUCAUUUGUUCCCGGACGGUUUGUUAGCGCUGGGACGUGCGUCUGACUACGAGCAAGUACGAUCGGUUGCUUUGCGUUACCCGGAAUAUGGCGCUCUGUUCGAAGAGUCCAAUCAUCCGGAUGGACGGUCGCUAGAGGAAAAGUUUUUCGUACAUGAAGCCAAAUUGCACGUGCGCAGUUUUAUGCAGCAAUUUCAUUUCGGUGUGUUUUAUUCGUACCUAAGGCUAAAAGAGCAAGAGUUCCGUAAUAUUGUUUGGAUUGCUGAAUGUAUUGCACAAAACCAGCGCAGCCGGAUCGAGAACUAUAUUUCUUUGUUUUGAACCAUCAGUUUGAUGUGCUUUACAGAAAGUAUAGUGCAAAUAAAACCUAACAGUGAGAACAUA